GAAAUUGCUUUUGUAGAAGUAGUUCCUUUCCAUUCGUAUUCUUGUCUGGUAAUUAUUCCUUGAAACCUAUUUUUUCUCUUUUCGUCAGACGUGUAGUUACUAUGCGUCGUCGUCUAGCAUCUGCGGUAAAAGAAUGAGGAUCUCAUUCGGGUCGGAUGGUUUGACUUGGCGAAAUAUAGCAAUAGCCACUACCAACUUUGCCUUCUACACAAGUCAAUUGUAACUUUGUAGGAAAGAAUCAAUAAAUUCCAAUGAUAGGAAAAAAUCCAGAAAACUAUAUAAACCAUGUUAUCCGAAACGUCUACAACGACUUUCAGCUCUUGAUUGACGAAGGCGUUUUGGACAAUGAUGCUCUUCAUUGGCUUCAGCAAAAACUACCCUAUGAAGGUAAUCGAAUUGCAGCUUCAUCAAAUGAACCUAAGAAAGCUGAUGUUCAAGCAUCUUCUGACUCUGCUUCGGAAGCCCAGACUAACUCUGUGACAUCCAAGGUAGCUUCCCUCUCUGUAGGACCAAAUGAAGAAAAGGCACAUAUGGGCAGCUCCUCCUCUAAUGCUCCCGGUCCUCAGUCCAGUUCCAAUCUUUCUGAAAAAGCAUCUGCGGCACAGCUUAGUGCAGAGGCACACAUGCCUCCCCCUCCAAGUUAUCCUCACGCUGUGGAAACCACCGCUAUCGAACGUGUGGUCGCCCUGUACAACUUCCCAGGUCCUGAUGCCGGUGAUCUACCUUUCAGAGCUGGCGAUGUGAUUGAUGUGAAGGAUCAUAUUAACAAGGACUGGUGGCGUGGUAGUCUCUAUGGAAAAGAGGGCAUCUUCCCUUCCAACUAUGUUUCUAUUUUGCGUGACCCUUCAACAGUUCCACCACCACCUGGUCCAUAUCCUUCUCCUGGUAGUUCCUCGUUUGCCCCGGGAUAUACCCAAAGUUAUGGUGGACAGCAACCACCUGUCAUUGUGGAACAAAAUGUUCCUCCCAAAAAGCAUAACGGCUUGAAGAAAUUUGGUAGCAACAUUGGUAACGCCUUUGUUUUUGGUGCAGGUGCUAGCGCUGGUGCUGACCUUGUCAACUCGAUCUUUUAAACCAUCUGUCGUCCAUUGUGUGCGUACGUCUGUCUGCUAACUUUUUUUAUUUUCUGUAUCUUUAAGCUUCUCUUUUCAUGUUUUCUUGAUGAAAGAAAUUUCCGUGUAUUUGCAAACCCGGCUGUGAUAGGUUGGAUGCAUUCCAGUCUCUUGUUUUUUUUUUUUUUUUUCCUUCCGUCUUUUCCUGCUUUGUAGCAUUUUGCCUACGUUUUCAAAUUUGCUGAGCUGUUUACCAGUUGUAUGGUUUUUGUAGUGU